CCGGAAUCUUGUUGCAUUGCUGGUGUAAGCCCCCCUUCCAGAAGAACUGCUCUUGCUCAUCUCCACCUCCCCGGGAACAGCCGAAGGGGGGUGCGGAGUGAAAAAAAUUUAUGUUUUCAUCAAACCGGGCCAAGGAGAAUGGGGGUCCCACACCCAAAAGAAUGAAGACACGACAGAACAAGGACUCAAUGUCAAUGCGGAGUGGACGGAAGAAAGAGACUCCAGGGCCCCGAGAGGAGCUCAGGUCACGGGGUCGAGCUUCCCCCGGGGGCGUCAGCACCUCCAGCAGCGAUGGCAAGGCUGAGAAAUCCCGACAAGCAACAAAGAAAGGCCGGGUGGAGGAAUCCUGCACCCCCAAGGGUAGCAAGCAGGGCCGAACAGAAGAGAUCUCGGAGAGCGAAGGGGAGGACACCAAUGCUCCCAAAAAAACCAAAACCGAGGAGUUGCCCUGCCCUCCGUCCCCGUAGCCUUGACGGCCACAGCUUCAACGAUGAGAUGAGCAGUGACCCACGAGACAUUGACCAGGAUAACAGGAGCACCUCACCCAGCGUCUACAGCCCUGGCAGCGUGGAGAAUGACUCCGACUCCUCCUCCGUGCUGUCCCAGGGGCCAUC